AUGCACGCACGCACGCAGAAGCGAGCUGACAGCUUGCAGCUCAAAUUGAACUGCACCGAACCCCAUCGGCCCCGCCGACGAGAAGGUCGGUUGAAAGCAGCUGCAGCACCCAGCCACAUCGAUCAAGUUUUUAUUUUCCCUUCGGCUCGUCUCCGCCGCCCUCGCUCAGUGCUGCUCUCGGUCACAGCGAAGUCGGUUGAGAGCAUCGAUGAUGGCAGCCGGAGUGGCGCAGCAGGCGCGGAUGGUACCGUCAUAAACAGUAAUGAAACCACCGAGCGGUCCAAGCGUGACACGCCGGACGUCGGCGGCCCCACCAUAUUCCGCGGGAUGGAGCUGCACCCUGGUCCCAGGAAGCAAAGCCUCCGACCCGACCAGCGCACAGGCGAGCUGCCAUCUUCAGCUUUCAUUUUGCGCAUUGUUCACACUGGGGCCCAGUCCGGCGCAGGUCACUCGACAGCAGCAGCAAAAGCGGGUGCUGUGCUCAAGACGGGCUUGGCGCCAAACUGCCCGCCCAUGCGAACUGGUCGCGAAACGAGGCUGGUCCUCACCUCGGCCAACCCCGAACUCUCGCCACUCGUGAGCAGAGCCACAUCGGCUUUCAGAGUGAGAGGAUGGCUAUCCUGGUCGGCAGGCGUGCAGCCCGAUUCAUGCACUUCAUGCAUCGACCGUGCGCCCAGUCGCAGCAGCGUUGCUUUCCAAAAAUUCGAGGGCGCCUUUGGGAUUUUCUUCUCGUCUUCCUCGGACAUGCAUCCCGCUGCGGGCGACCAGACCAGCCCUAAUGCCGAGUCCCGCGCUGCAUCCUGCACAACGCAGCAAAAGAGUGCAGGCUUGGAUUCCCGAAGUUCCCAGAUGCCCCUGCCUGCAAGCUCUCUCCAUCUGCUCCGACACCACAUUGCAGAUCCGAUCCUGCACAGACGCCACCCGCCCUCUCCCGGCAUCGGUGGGCCCGUCUUCCGUCUCCCGCUCGUGUCUGAGGCCAUGUCCCUGCCUCAGCCCGCGUCGGAUGCUCGGUACGCCGUGUCCACCGUGACCCUUGAGAUCCCGCUUGCCGCACCCAUCACGCAGGAAUCAGCAUCGCCGUACACGUAUCAAGAUGGCGGCACGACCAAGCCGGUGAUCUCGGCAGACACGAUCCUUCUCACAAUCUACUACCCCACCGAGCAUGCCAACAACAGCGAGACUGGCUCAAAACUCGACUGGCUCGAGGCGCCCAAGAUGCGCAGCAUCGGCGGCCUGCUCAAGUAUGCUGGCAUCCCAAAGUAUCUGGCCCUUCCCAUCCUUGUUCCCGCAUACAGCGUCGUAUCGCAAAAGCUUCCAGCAUCCGUCGACCAGUCGCUUGCCUCCAACGACAGUUCCGCCGAUUUUCCUGUGGCGGUCUUCAGCCACGGCAUGGGUGGCACGCGUACCGCCUACUCUGCUUACUGUACUUCACUUGCAGGGUCGGGCAUCAUUGUAGCCGCUGUCGAGCAUCGCGAUGGAUCGGGAGCCUCGACCACCAUCUAUCACCCCGAAGCCAAGGAUGGCAAAUCCUCCGCAUCCCCUGGCUUCUUCAAAUGGCUCAUUGGCGGCUCCAACGCCAAUACCGAGAACAAGAUCUAUGUGCGUCCUGCCGAGGUCGAUGGCAAGCCGGAGCCGCUCGAAUUACGUCGUGCGCAGGUUGAGAUGCGCCGUCGCGAGGUGCUUGCCGCCUUUGACGUGCUCUCGGACAUCCACACUGGCAAGGCCGCCUCGCUCGUCGAGUCGUGCACCCGGACGCAGAAGGAGGACGUCAAGACGCGCCAGACGCGCUCUGAGCUCCUCGCUGCCUUUGCAGGCAAGCUUCGUAUGGACGAUGCCUGGCUCAUUGGACACAGCUUUGGUGGUGCCACCGCCAUCCAGGCGUUACGCCACACCGACUGCCCAUUCGCACAGGCUCUCGUGCUGGAUCCUUGGGUCGAGCCCGUCCCCAUCGACGGAGAAGGGGUGGCUCCCGUGAGCAAACCUCUCUACACCAUCAACAGCGAGGACUUCACGCAAUGGAAGACGCACAUGGAUGAUGUUACCGCCAUCUCGCGCGCUUCCAAGGCGAGCACAGGAGGCAAAGGGUGGCUGCUCACGAUCGGCGCCGAGGGCACGGAGAAGGUGGACGCGGCCGCGCCAGUAGUUGCUGGACCGCCCUCGCGACUGGUCAUCGUUCAUGACAUGUUUGGCACACUCUUCGGGCUCACCGCCUGCAUCGAAGCGCUCGUCUCGCUGUUCCCGGAGCAGCUGCAGGCGUCGGACAAGCUCCCGCCCAUCGUGCCCGAGCUGAUCGUCAUGGACUGGUUCCACGCAACGCAACGCGAUUUCACCUACUCCAGCGUGUGCGGCCAGUAUAGACCCAUCGGCGAGAUCUUCAAGGGCACUCUGCCGCGCGUGUUGCUGCAGGCGGGCAUCUUGCCGAAGAAGGAUGCAUCACAUCCGGCUCUUGCCAAGGCAGGCUCGUUUGCAGACGGAGGAGCCGCAGAAGAAGCGCUCGAGAAUCCCUUUGACCCUACCGUGGUCGAGACGAUGAUGGGCGCGCUCAAAAAGCUUCAGCCGAGGCCGGGCAUGGUGGAUGCACUCACGCGCAUCUACCGUGACCGCGAUGGCAAGGGAAGAUUGCCCGCCUCCGUCAGCAAGGUCGACGUGUGGGCGGCCACCAACGGCUCGCUCGAGCUCGGGCGCGGCUCGUUCCUGCGUACCCUGGGCGACAGCGAUGGUGCCGACCUGGACAGUGACGCAGCGCAAUCUGGCCGAAGCGCCGCGCACAACGCAGUAGGUGCAGGCAUCGGUCUUUUCAGCUGCGAUGAGAUCGGUGUAGCCAAGCCGGAUCCCAAGGUGUAUGCCGAGGUGCUGCGUCGCAUUCAGGCCGAGCCCAUCGACCCGAACGCGGCCAAGAAGGAGUAUCAGGGCAUCUGGUUCGUAGCCUCUCACACCUGGGAUACGUUUGCGGCCAAGCAGGCCGGCUUCCGCACGGCCUGGGUCACGUACGAAGAGUUCUACUCGUGCCCGUCCGUGUACGGCACUCCGGACGUUGUCGGCAGGAAUUUGGAGGAAGUAGCCGAGAAGAUCCUCGCCUUCGAGCGUGACUUGUGCAGCCAGAACGGCAACGCUUCCGCUCAAGGCUGGACGUACCACAAGGAGCAGCAGGAGCAGACGAUGCCGGGCAGCCAGCACACGUCGUUCUCCGACUUUCCCUUCCUGCUGCCGUCCAUGUCCAAGUUCACCGGCAGCGUCGCGGUCCAGUCGAUCCUCGAGGUCAAUGCCCAGAUCACGCAGCGCAUGGUGCUCCAGAACAAGCGCGAGGAAUCCGACGGCGUGUUCGCCGGCUUGAAGGGCAAGGACGACGCAAAGGAGUGGCGCAUCUGGAAGGAGGGCAAGGCACGCCCCACCGAGCUUCCCAAAGAGGCCAUCGGCGGCGACAAGAACCGCCAAGGCCGGCUCAUCUCCAUCGCCCAGAGGUCCGGUGCGAAGGAUAUGUGGGAGGAUCGGGGGCUGCAUCGGGUGUUUGGAAGAAUGGCGCGGGCGGCACCAGAGCAGCACACUUGGCUUGGCUCGGUGCAUUUCCCGGUAGAGAUUGGGCAAAGAGACCCUCUCGUCCUCAACCACUCCGCCCAACGAGCCUCCCGCAUGACCGCCAUCCCGCUCGACCAGUUCGACGCCGUGCUUGGCUCCACCUCGACCGAGAUCUCGUCGGUGGCUCUGGGCGGCCGCGUGCUCAGCACGUCGGACGAGUGGUUCGCUCCCGCCUCGUCGCUGCUCAAGGUCGGCCCGGCGCCUUCGCUCAAGGGUCAGUUCGGUCCCAAGGGUGCGCUCUUCGACGGCUGGGAGACGCGUCGUCACAACCCUACCUACGACUGGGUCAUCCUGCGCCUCGGCCCCAACGCCGGCGGUCGUCUCAUCGGCUUCGACGUGGACACGGCCAACUUCAUUGGUAACGAGGCACCCGAAAUUUCGAUCCAUGCGCUCACACUGACCCCCGAGGAGGAGGCCAGCACGGGUAACGCACUCGCCGAGAACGACGCGCGAUGGGAGACGCUUGUGCCCGUUUCACCAUGCGGACCUUCGCAGAGGCACCUCUUCAAGCUCGAGGCGGACAAGCAGCAGAAGGUGUACACGCACGCGGACAAGCAGCAGAAGGUGUACACGCACGUCAAGCUGCACAUGAUCCCCGAUGGUGGCAUUGCGCGUUUCCGCGUUUACGGCGUGAUCCCCCCACCGCCCGUCGGACAGGGAGACGGCGAGCAAAUCGACGCUACCAACAACGCACUCAACGUGCUCGACCUCGCGCACUGCCUCAACGGCGGCCGCAUCGUCUUCACGGACGAUCAGCACUUUGGCGCGGGAAGCAACAUCCUCCUCCCCGGCAGGGGCAAAGACAUGGGUGAUGGAUGGGAGACGCGCCGUUCGCGCGGCAAGGGCCACUUCAACUGGGCCAUCAUCAAGCUUGGAGAGCCAGGUCUGCUUUCGUAUGCCGAGGUGGACACGGCGCACUUCCUGGGCAACUUCCCCGAGUCGACCGAGCUGCUCGGCACUGUGCACGAGGCCGACUCGGCGCCUUCUGCCGAUGCCAAGUGGGUGACGCUGCUGCCACGCACCAAGCUCGGUCCUGGCCGCCGCCACUUCUUUGCGCUCGCCAACGGUGCUGCGGCGGCGUACACGCACGUCAUGGUCAAGAUGCACCCGGACGGCGGCAUCAAGCGUGUGCGCAUCCACGGUCGUCGUGCGGCGCCGCUGGCUGCCGCCCGGAUUGCGGCCGAGUCGCUGCCUGCCGUACCUGUGCCGCAGGACAUCCAGGACCCCCUGCCGUCGGCGACUUCGGACCCCUUUGCUCCCGUAAGUGCCGCCACCUCCCUCGCGCCUGCUUCCACCCCCUCGUCCUCGGCGGCUGCGGGCAUUACGAUCCACGGCAAGUUUGUGCCAGCGGUGCCGCUGACGACGGCCGCGUUUGCUGCGUAUGGCGCGGUGAUCGAUGGUCCGUCCGGUACCAACCCUGAUGCCGGCAAGCCGUUCAAGGUGGUGAACCAAGGCACGGCGAAAAAGUACCUCGACUUGGCGGCGAUUGUCAACAACUACCCCGCGGAUGCACAGGCGCGCGCCAACGUGCACGUGUACCGCUGCGACCCAGCAGCCGCGCUGCCGUUUGAGGUGAAGCUGCUCGAGCGACACCGCUUCACCACGCAGGCGUUCAUCCCCAUGGUGCCCGUCAACGGCCUCCAGCAGGGCUUCCUCGUGGUCGUCGCGCUCAACGGUCAAGAUGACCGCCCAGAGCUGAGCUCGCUCGGGGUUUUCCUCGCAACGACGGAACAGGCGAUCCAGUACCACCCGGGGAUCUGGCACCAUCCCAUGAUCGCGCUCGGCAAGCAGCCGACCGACUUUGCAUGCAUCGUCAACGAGUCCGCCUCCCACCCGCAGCUCGAUUGCGACGAGGUCGAGGUGUAA